AUGGGCUCGACGCCGAAAUACCUCCUGAAAAUGCGAAUUUUUCUUCUUCUCAGUACAACUAUCCAUAUCUUACUGUGUUCAAUCGUUUAUAUUACUCAAUCGAGGUGGGUUCUAUUAAUUGGAGUUAUUUUUUGGAUCUUCCUUUUCGUUAUAGAAAUGUGAUAAAUACCAAAUCGGUGGCGAUACUAUGCAACGGCGCGUGUAAAUAUGUUGGUCCUGGAUUCUGUUUCGUUACUUAUAAUUUGCAACUGGUGAGUUUGAAACCAUCCGAAAACGUUUUUGAAAAAUGAAAUAUGAUUAUAGGAUAAAAAUAUUUUUUUUUCAGAGCCUGGCCAACUCGGUCGCCUGGAUCAACAUGCAUUCUUUAUACUACAGAUACAUUGUUCUGACCCAGAAAAAGAAUAUUUUAGCGUCAUCGGCCUGUUUCUCAAUUUUUUACAUCAUUCCAGUAGCCAUCUUGGUGGGAGCUCCAGAAAAGUUUAAAAUUUUCGGAUUCUUCUAGGUCUUGGAAUUCAUUCCACCCUCCGACUUUGAGCUGGUGGAGACUGAAACUCGAGAACAGCAUCCUGAGUACGAUUUGUCGGUUUAUAGGAAGUUCGGAGGAUUUUCCGACUUUAAUCAUCCCAGCCGAGCCAUUUCUUAUCUGCUAUUGGCCUUCAGUUCUAUUUUAUUGCCGAUCAGGGCUAUUUUUUGGCGGAGGUAAGCUUACAAAUGGAAUCAAAAAAGCAUUAUUCUCGACUGAUUCGAUGAAAAAAAUUUCAAAAAUUACAGUUUUUCAUGGAUGAUAGUCAAACUGAAAAAAUUAUUUUUGAAUAUCCCAAAUUUGGCUUUUUCCAGAGGGGUCAUAAAUUUCAGAAAGCAAAAGCUCAAAACCAUUGAGAAGCCACUAAAAUCUUUCUCAAAAAUGUUUUAUUUUCGUUUUCUUCUAUUUCCAUAAGUUGAGACUUUUUGAAUUUUAUUGGAAUGAAAGGAUAGGAAAUCCAGAAUGAACUUCUAGAAAACACUCAUAAAUUUUUUUCUAUCGACUGAAACUUUCAGGAAAGCCUUAUCAAGCUUGAACGUUUCCCUCUCGGAAAGAACUCGAGUUCAUACAAAAAAACGCUAAUCCAGGUUAAACUAUAUAUUUUUUUCAAAAAAAAAAAUUUUUCCCAGGGUCUCACGAUACAAAUCCUGACGCCCAUUUUAUGCUAUAUUCCCAGUGGACUCUUAUUUUUAGUCAGCAAGUAUACAGGUACCAAACUCAAUAUUAUUUCAUACUUUUUUGGUCGCAUUCGGAAUGGCUCGUGGUCGCGCUGCAGCUGGAGAAUUUGAAAGCUUGUACUUUAUUUUUUGGCUCCUCAGCUUUACAGACGUGAACCAAUGUCUAAAACUCAUUUUUUCGAUUUUUUGCAUCGCCGGCAAGCGCAAGUAGCUUCAUGGUCGGGUGCAUUUUCUCAGUAACCGCUUUGCACCUCGAGCGAUUCCCGAUGCGACCGCCUUUUCUUAAAAGUUAUCUGUAAAAUGAAAAUUUAAGGUCUCAACAUUUUACUCUCACAGUACACCCUGUCGGCUAUGUUAACUCUACCCGCUCUUAUCGAUCCAUUUGUUUCGAUUUAUUUUGUGGUUCCGUACAGAAAAGCUGUAAAGAAGUUUUUUCUUCACCAUUUUCUGAACGUUCCCAGAAAUGAAUUGAGUGUUCCUACGUUCACAGUGUCGCGAUUUAAAUAAACGAUUUGCCUUUUUCUCAAACUUAAUACAUAUCUAUAGCCUUAAAGCAUUCACCAUUUGAAAGCUCCAGGAUGCUGUACUUGUGUAAUGUAUUUCAGAUGCUCGGUACCCUCAUAAUAACAAGACUUUUGAAAAACUAACCUAACAUUUGGAAUUAAAAAAAAACCUCUUUUUUCUUUUGAUAAUUGAUACCUAUUUUUGCUUCUGCAAAAAAUCCAUAUUUUUAGAACCUUCUUUCAAGUCGUUCUCUCACUACUCGACUAGUCACCGAGUUCAAGCUCAAGUUGAAUUAAUUUGUGAAAAUCGAGUUUUUUUAACUUUUUAAUUUUGUAGUUUUUUGAUUAAAAAAAUUAUAAACAUCAUCACUGAUGUUCUCAGAAGAUUGGAUAUCAAACUAUAAACGGGAAUCUGCUCCGAAUUUUUUUUCUUAAAAAUUAGUUUGGACGAUUCUGAACACCUGUAAACACACCUGUCGCAAAAGUUGAAUGCGAAUUUUCGCAACAAAAAAGAACUAGAUCUUGCUUAUUUGGUCUUUGAGCAUGAACUCAAAAAGCUUGCUAUCAAAUCAUAUCAAAUAUAACCAUGUAGAAGCGGCUAGAAGCACAUGAAACUGCUCUGAAAAAAGUUAUUUCAUAUUCGAGCGCGCCAGACUCUGAACGACUUGCGUGUUUGAAGUUUUCAGAGAAAUUACGGAACCUUUAAGCCAUUAUUAAAGCGACCAGUGUUGAUCCUGAUUAAAAACCAAAUUUAAAAAAUGUUGCUUUGCUUCAAGCUUGAACUUCCUUCAAACUGUUCGACGCAUUUUCCAAUUGAAGCUCGAAAAAUGUGAUCUUCUUCCAGAUGGCCAUGGACUCACCCUAUACCAUGGCUUUUUCUAUUUAUUACUCUGUCUAUUUUUCUAUAGGUCUCAUUAUCCAUACAAUUUUGUUGAUGUUAUUGAAAUCCGCCACUCCAAACACCAUGAUGAGAAUGCGAUUUUUUCUCUUUAUCAGCACGUUGGGCCACAUUUCAGUGUGUAUCAAUACCUUUAUCCUACAAGCGAGGUGAGAUCUCUACUUUCAAAGUUUCCUUUGGAGGUAUAAAAAAUUUAUUUGGAUUUCAAAAGGAAUUGAAAGUAAACUAAAUAAUUCUUUCAGAACUCUGAGUAAUAAAAAUUCGAUGGCUUUGUUGUGCAACGGCGCUUGUAAAUGGGUGGGACCGGAGCUUUGUCUUUUUAAUUAUAGCUUACAAUUGGUCAGUUUUUUUUUCUAUUGAAAAUUUAUGAAAAUAAAAAUUCAGGGUGUGUCGAACUUUGUGGCCCUAGUGAAUAUGCACAUGUUGUACUUUCGAUAUUUGAUUCUGGUUGAUAGAAACGAACCGAAUCGUUACAUGGCCUGUUUUUCAAUCGUUUACAUCCUUCCUGUUAUCAUAGUAGUGAGUUUGGAAUGCCAUGGUUGCACAUGGAAUGGUUAAAGGCGUGGUAAUAGUUUAUAGAUCCGUGGAAAAAGAUUAUGGAGAGACUACAGCGAAGAAAAUUGCAAGAACAGAGAAUUUAGACGUCUCUGUAGUUUUUUUUGUAAAUAGAGUACAUUCUUUCUAAGGAUCUUUUACGGAAGUAGCUUUUAGUCGGGUGCAUUGCUUCUCAACCAUUCUAUGUUUGACUUAGAUUCCAAGUAAAGAAAUUUAUUUAUUUAUGAGGUAAUAUCCUUAUUUCCGCGAUCAGACUUUGAGUUGAUAAGGGAAGAAGCUUUCCGACUCCACCCAGAAUACGACUUAUCGGUUUAUGAGAACUUUGGCGGAUUUUCUGAGAAAAAUCAUCCGUUGCGGUACGCUGUCAAUUUCUUACUUGCUAGCGAGUCAGUUAUUUUUCCUACAAGAGCUGCUCUCUGGCUGAGGUGGGACUUGAUGUUCACGUUUGCGUCAUAAAUUAUCAUUUCCAGGUCAGCCGUUUCAAAACUCCAUCCUCUCUCCGAAAGAACUCGCAAGCAAACCAAGUCUUUCAUAAAGGUUGGACUAAGACGAGAAAGAAAGGAAAAUCUCCAUGAACUCUGUCCAUAGAGCAGUUUGUUGCAGAUUAAAUUUUCAGCGGUAAAUUUGAACCUUUUCACGCGCACUUUGAACCUUUUCUAUCAAAAAGCCUUGACUUUUGGAUACAGAAACACCAAAAAAAGCUCCAUAACAUAUUAGUACAUUUUAUUUUGAGCUUUGUUCAUGAUUGCCAUGGCUAUCAACUAUAGGAAAGGUAUAAUUAUUCCAAAUUUUCUGUUUUAGAAAAACAUUCAUUUUUGGUCUUGCUAAAAUGUUCAUUUUUCUCCAGGCUAUUUCAAAGACUACAAGUUAAUCAAUGAGUAUAAAAAGACUUUUUCAAAACUUGCUUUCAAUAUAUUUUACUUAAUUUCUUUCCAGGGCCUCACAAUUCAAAUUGUAACUCCAGUGAUCUUCUACACGCUCAGCGGCGCCUCACACCUUGUCAGCAAGUACACAGGUUUUUUUAUAUUAAAAAAAUAAUCUAUACAAACUAACGGUUAAGGUUACGACAUCUUAUUACUCCAAUACUUGCUGUCGGCAAUGAUGACAUUUCCGGCCAUCUUCGAUCCCUUUGUCACCAUUUAUUUCGUUGUACCCUUCAGAAAAACGAUUGUUGGUGUAUUAUCCUAUCCCUCCAAGAGUUCCCCGAAAGCCAAUACCGUUCAUAUAAUUCAACAAAGAUCUUUAUCGAUAUCCAUUCUUUAGGCUAUAUUUACCGAAUAAAGUAUGAAAUAUUACAUUUGACUUUAAGUUUUUGUUUUUUUUUUGACUCGAGUUUUUGAGGCCAGAAAAAAAAAAUCAGCGUGAAAACUGCAUCUAGUGAACUUGGUCUCAUUCGGAAGUAUCACUGCGACCAGAGACCAUUUCAUGGUGAGUCCUACAAAUUUUGAUAAAAGUUUGAACUUCAUAGAUCCACCGACCCUGAAUAAAUGGUAGUUUGUGAGUUGGCAACAUGUAUUUAUGUUUCCUUAUUCGUAGUGUAAACGGCUGGUUUUUCUGAUAGAUGAUUGGCAUCUAGAGCUGCUGAGAAAGCGGUAAGAAUACAAACAUUCUCUAACUCUACCAAAUGAAGGUAGACAGACUUUACACCAUUGCCUUCUGUAUUUAUUAUUACAUUUAUUUUCUCGUCGGCCUUAUCGUACAAGCAAUUCUCUUAACAUUACUAAAAUGCUCCACCCCAAACAAUAUGAAAAACAUGCGCCUUUUCUUGUUCAUCAGUUCUUUUGGUCAUCUCUUUGUUUGUGUCAACGCUUUUGCGACUCAAGCAAGGUGAGAAACCAUUGAAACUCUGAUUUUCUGAACUUUUUCAGAAUUGUUAACAAUAAACAAUCCUUGGCUUUACUAUGUGAUGGGGCUUGUAAAUGGGCUGGCCCCCGUUUUUGUUUCGUGAAUUAUAACUUUCAAUUGGUGAGGUCAAAGUUCAUUUUCCAAAAAGAAAAAUUCAGAGUAUGUCGAACUUUAUUGGUUUGCUGAAUAUUCAUACGUUAUAUUAUCGAUGCUCCCUUUUUGAAUCAAAAAAUGGAUCGUCCGGUUGGAUGCUAGGUUUUUGCAUUAUGUACAUCACUCUCGUGGUGGCCAGGGUACGUUUCUGAUUUUUUUUUUCAUACGGAUCUAAAUUUCUAAUACCCAACUCGCAAGCUUCUGACUUUUCUGACCUCUAUUUCCUCUCGUCAUUGUACAAGGCAGAGAGAUCGAGAGAACACAAGCAGACUAGAAAACCGAAAGUUGUGAUUUAACAGUAAUGAGUCUGUUACAGGUGAUGUCCUACUUUCCCCCGUCGAGUUUUGAGUUGGUACGUGAAGAAACGUACCGACUGCAUCCCGAAUACGACUUAUCGGUUUACGAGACCUUCGGAGGGUUUUCUGAUAGCUGUCAUUCAAAUCGAAAUUACGUUACUUUUGUUCUCAUUGUAGAGAAUAUCCUUCUUCCAAUACGAUCCGUCUUUUGGCUAAGGUGAGACAUCACUUUUUUCGAUAUCGGACGCGCAUAAAAAUUCGAAGUUCUUUAAGGUCAGCAAUGAAGAAACUGAAGCCUCUCUCCGAAAAAACUCGAAGGCAAAUCAAAUCCUUCAUUCAGGUUUUUUUUUUGCUUAAAAAUUCAACAUUUUUUUCAUAAAGGCUAGCCGUCGAAAAUUAGUUUUUUUUUAAUUCAAUGAACCAUUUCCAGGGACUAACGAUACAAAUUUCGGUUCCUCUUAUAUUCUAUACGAUUGGCCAAGCUGUGAAUUUCACCAGCAAAUACAUGGGUCUGCUGGGAAUUUGGAGAACCAAUAAAAUUUGAUCAUUCAGGAUAUGAAAACUUAUUAUUUCAAUACAUGUUCUCCGUCAUGAUAACGUUCCCUGCCGUCUUCGAUCCCUUUGUUACUUUGUAUUUCGUAGUACCUUUUAGAAAAACAAUAAUCAGAGUUCUAAUAUUCCCCUCUCAUAAAAAAUCGAAACCCAAUAGUAUACACGUAAUUCUUCCAGCAGCCUCUUGAUAUUUUUUUGCUUAGACUUUGAAAACUUUCGAAAGACCAAUUGAUAUCAUUGGCCUCUAGUUUGUAAAUUGGAGGAAAUGAUAAUAAAAAUGCGUUUCAAGUAUUUUUUCUCUGAUGUUUCAAUGAAUGAAAUGAAGUUUGUUAGAGAAACUAAUCCAUGUUUACUUUAUUGGACAGAAAAAAUUUUCGGCGAUUGGCAUUGAAAGAAAAGGAAAAAAAAACUAUACCAGCCCAUCUUCCAAAUUUUUUCAAGCAAUGCUCGUUUUUUUUUUGGCUUUGUAUAGCCCAUAACCGUAGUUUGAAAAUGCUUUUUUCUCUGGCCCUCCUCGUCUCUUGGCGACUCUCUCGUCUUUACGUGCUAUUUUUAGUUUCUCUGACCUCGUUAAUAGCGGAUGAGAAAGGCGCAGACACCCGAAAACUUUCAAGUCAACCGGACUUUUCAAAUUGCCAAUAGUUUUGCUCGGCCAUGAAAUCUAGAAAAUCUUGAAAAAAUUUCUGUCGAAUUUCCGGUACCAAAAGUUUUAAAUUUUUUUUACGGAAAAAGAAAACUCCUUAUUUUUCAUCUCAUGGAUGUUUAUUAUUAUCAUCUAAUUUCUUCAAGUCGGUCUCAUUGCCGCCCUCCCAUGGGAUAACAUUCCGACGCCCGUCAGCCCUGGACAAGCUGGGCGCUGUACUGUUCCAACAUAGUGAAGCAGUUUAUUCGCUGGUACUACCCACGGGACCACAUUAUUUCCCAACACUAGCUGUCACGCGGGGGCGUAUUGGACAACGAUUGUGGACCGUAACCCGUGCCGACGACUGACUCUUCGAUUGUACCAUGAUUCAGCAUAGAUUUUUUUCUAUCAAUAUUUUUUGAUUGUUUUAUUCAGAUGGAAUCGGCUAGGCGGUGAAAAAAUUGCUCUUUUGAGCGUCCUUUGGCGAAAAAGAAGUCAAAACGUGUAGUUGAUUGAAUUGAAAGCAUGGUCUUACGGUCCUUCGCCUCGUUUUUCCAGAAGUAGAUCCCUCAGCUUCGCGGGUACGGGCACGGCGGGGAUGGUGGGGCUCGGGCACGGACGCCGUGUACACUCUAGGGUAGCCUCGGCCGAUUGAGAGAGCUACCACUUCGAGUGAAGAAAAUACACGGAAUGAAGAAAAUACACGGAAACAUCUUACUCUGAAGACUGAAUGAAUUGUAAAUUGUAAAUUGGAUGAUUCUUAUGAACUUUAGGAAAAAUUCACUCUCUUCGGGUCUAUCGGUCUAACAUAACUGCUCCUUUGAAAAACAUCAACAUGUUAUUAUGUGUCACUAUGUUGAGUUUAACCAGAUGGUUUUUUGGUAGAUGAUUGGUACUUCAGACUGAAAACGUGAAAAAUGCUUCUGAGGAAGUUAUUCCUCACAAAAACCCAUUCUCAAUCUUCACUCAAAUGAACAUAGACAAGCCUUAUACCACCGCAUUUUCUAUAUAUUAUUCGAUCUAUUUUUGCGUCGGCCUCAUUGCGCACGUAAUUAUGUUGAUUUUAUUGAAGUUCGCCACCCCAAACAACAUGAAAAAUAUGCGGCUCUUUUUAUCACUUAGCUGUUUGGGUAAUCUUUUUAAUUGUAUCAUAUCUUUUUUGACUCAACCCAGGUUGGUUCCACCUUGAGUUGAGUUGCACAAUGAUUUUUCAGAACUCUGAAUACACCAAAUACAUUCGCUAUUCUAUGCAACGGUGUUUGCAAAUGGGUGGGUCCAGACCUUUGUUUUUUCAACUACGCUCUAGAAUUGGUCAGUUCUGUUGAAACACUCUGUUUGACGCGAAGCACAGUUUUCAGAGUUUGUCAACUUUCGUUUCUCUGGUUAAUAUGCACACUCUCUAUUAUCGUUACAUUCUCUUCGACACUUCAAAAAAUUCAAAUCUUUGGACCAUCGUUUUUGCGGUUAUGUAUCUCACUCCUGUGGCUUUAGUUGUAUGGCGUUUUUAGUUUUCGCAACAUAACCAGACCUUGUCCUUGAUUAAGGUUUUCCCAUACUUUCCGACCUCGGACUUUAAAAUUGUACAAGAAGAAGUAUUUCGACUUCAUCCUGAAUACGAUUUAUCUGUUUAUCAAAGCUUCGGAGGCUUUUCCAAUAGCCAUCACCCAAAUCGGACCAUUGUCAACGUUUUGCUCACGGCCGAGACAAUGAUUCUUCCAAUUCGAUCUGUCUUCUGGGUUAAGUCAGUCUUUCAAAUAAUUGCGAAAAAACUUCUGUUGUCAUUUUAGGGCAGCCCUUUUGAAAUUGAACCCGCUCUCCCGAAAAACUCAAACACUGUUAAAAUCUCUCCUGCAGGUUCGAUUUUUAAAGCGAGGAUGUUUGAAACAUGUGGAUUAAUCAUACAGAAUGGAGCUGCGCUGUUAGGUUUUUAGAAGCCUUCUAUAUUGGGAAAUGCAAUCAUAAGAAUUUCAUGACUAUUCUUUGUUCAACGUAACCUACAUUUAUAGAGCCUGACGAUCCAAACAACAGCUCCUUUCGUAUGUUAUGUAACUUGCCUCCCAUCUCAUCAGCCGAUACUUAGGUUUGUUUGAAUUUGAAAAAAAGCUUUCAAAAGUUGAAUUUAGGAGUACAAUUAUUGUUGUCUCAGUAUGCUGUGGGUGCAUUGAUAACUUUUCCAGCCGCCUUUGA